GCGCAGUUAGCAGUCGCUGCUGGGCGGCCGCCGGCGGGAUUGGUCUGGGGAGACGGCGGGGACCAAGUGGCAGCGAGUCGUACACCUGAGCUGUCACUGCCGCACACGGGCCCGCAAGACAGAUAGUGAAUAUGCAUUUCCACGCCUUUGGACUAUAUUUGGGUCUUCUGUUCAUCUCAAUUAAUGCAGAAUUUAUGGAUGAUGGUGUUGAGGUGGAAGACUUGAGUGAAAAUGCAGAAGAGAGUGAUGCUAAUGAAGGUGAACAUCCCUCGGGGAUUAUUAAAUACAAGACGCCACAACCUGUAGGAGAAGUAUAUUUUGUAGAAACGUUUGAUAGUGGAAAGUUGACUGGGUGGGUAUUAUCAAAAGCAAAGAAAGAUGACAUGGAUUCAGAGAUCUCUAUAUAUGACGGAAGAUGGGAACUAGAAGAGCUGAAAGACAACCAGGUACCUGGUGACAGAGGACUGGUCAUGAAAUCUAAAGCAAAACAUCAUGCCAUAUCUGCUGUGUUAGCAAAACCCUUUGUUUUUGCUGAUAAGCCUUUGAUAGUUCAAUAUGAAGUAAAUUUUCAAGAUGGUAUUGAUUGUGGAGGUGCAUACAUUAAACUCCUAGCAGACACUGGUGAUUUGAUUCUGGAAAAUUUUUAUGAUAAAACAUCCUAUACCAUUAUGUUUGGACCAGAUAAAUGUGGAGAAGAUUAUAAACUUCAUUUUAUCUUCAGACAUAAACAUCCCAAAACUGGAGUUUUUGAAGAAAAGCAUGCCAAACCUCCAGAUGUAGAUCUUAAAGAGUUCUUUACAGACAGGAAGACUCAUCUUUAUACCCUUGUGGUGAAUCCAGAUGACACAUUUGAAAUAUUAAUUGAUCAAACGGUCGUGAACAAAGGAAGCCUGCUAGAAGAUGUGGUUCCUCCUAUCAACCCUCCCAGAGAAAUUGAUGAUCCCAAUGAUAAAAAACCCGAAGAGUGGGACGACAGAGCAAAGAUCCCUGAUCCUUCUGCCGUCAAGCCAGAAGACUGGGAUGAAAAUGAACCUGCCCAAAUAGAAGACUUCAGUGCUACUAAACCUAAUGGCUGGCUUGAUGAUGAACCAAAAUUCAUCCCGAAUCCUAACGCUAUAAAACCUGAUGACUGGAAUGAAGACCUGGAUGGGGAAUGGGAGGCACCUCGUAUGCUUAAUCCAGCUUGUCAGAUUGGAUGUGGUGAGUGGAAACCUCCCAUGAUAGAUAACCCAAAAUACAAAGGAAUAUGGAGGCCGCCAAUGGUCAAUAAUCCUGACUACCAGGGAAUCUGGAGUCCACAAAAAAUUCCAAAUCCGGAUUACUUUGAAGAUGAUCAUCCAUUUCUUCUGACUUCUUUUACAGCUCUGGGUUUAGAGCUUUGGUCUAUGACCCCUGACAUCUACUUUGAUAAUUUUAUUAUCUGUUCAGAAAAGGAAGUAGCAGAUCGAUGGGCUACUGAUGGGUGGAGAUUCAAAAUAAUGGUAGCAAAGGCUAAUGAGCCUGGGGUAUUCCAGCAGCUACUGGAAGCUACCAGAGAGCGCCCAUGGCUUUGGCUCAUUUAUCUUGUGGCAGCAGGAUUGCCAGUAGUGUUGAUCACUUCAUUUUGUUGGCCAAGAAAAGGAAAGAAAAAAUAUGAAGUCACAGAGUAUAAAAAAACUGACAUAUGCAAACCACAAACAAAGGGUGCAUUGGAACAAGAAGUAAAGGAAGAAAAACCAGUGCUGGAGAAACCAGUGGACUCAGAAGAGGAAAAAAAGCGCAGAGAUGGUGAAGUUCCUGAAAAAGAAGAGGAAGGUGAACCUGAGGAAAAGAGUGAAGAGGAAAUGGAAAUUGUCGAAGGGCAAGAAGAGGGUAAUAAGUCAAAUAAAUCUGGAUCUGAGGAUGAGAUGAAAGAAGCAGAUGAGAGCACAGGCUCUGGAGACGGGCCUGUGAAGUCCGUACGCAAGAGGAGGGUGCGGAAGGACUGA